UCGGCUGGGCCAUCAGCGCGGGAUAUAUUGCCAGAAAUCCGUAGUCUGAAAACUAAAGUGCGGGUGGCGAUGGAGGUGUUGGUGCCCAUUCUCUUCGCACUUUUGCUUCUCUGUCUCUUUCCUCUUCUUCUAUGGAAACGUCGACAGGACGCUCGCGAUCCACAACCACAACCAACACAGGUUCCUCAAGUGGAAACUGUAGUUCACCUAUCUGGAACUCGUCGUAUGCGGCGGAGGCCUGUUGGCAGUACAUCAACGGCUGUUGUGGCUCCUGAAGAGCUCUCUGCUGAAAGUGAUGAGGAAGUUCCGGCUGGUGACCACUAUACGACUAAAGCAUCUAAGAAGAAGAAGAAGAAGCAACAAGAGCGAGAUGCACAGAGACAGGAUGACGAACCAGCACGCGAGGUAAGGCAAACAAAACACGAUCGCUACGCUGAGAUGAGAAGGAGAAAGGACGAGGAACGUGAAACUGAGGAGCGUUUAAGGGAGGAAGAGGCGAGAGCUAGAAAGGAAAAGGAAGAGGCGGCUGCUUCCUUGGAGUUCAAAAAAUGGAAAGGCGAAUUUUCUGUGGAAGUCGAGGGUACUGAAGAGAAUGAAAUGCAAGAUGGGAGCCAAGGCCUACUCUUUGACUUUGUUGAGUAUAUCAAGAAACACAAGUGUGUUCCGUUGGAAGAACUAGCUGCUGAAUUCAAACUACGCACUCAGGACUGUAUCAACCGAAUCACAUCACUUGAAAAGAUGGGGAAGUUGUCUGGUGUAAUGGAUGACAGAGGAAAAUACAUAUAUAUCUCUCCUGAGGAAAUGAAAGCAGUUGCAGAUUACUUAAAGAGGCAAGGCAGGGUUAGCAUUUCUCAUCUGGGUUCCCAAUCGAAUCAGUUCAUUGAUCUGGAGCCAAAAGUGGACCCCAUCGAAACUGUACUUGUUCCUGCAAAUGGAACGAUCAUUGAAUGUUUUUGAUGUAAAAGCAUGUGCAUGCUACAGUAAAUUGGAAUGCUGUUAUGAUAUAAAAGUAGCAGCACCACUCUUUUUAUUUACCGUAAUUACAGUGUACCAUGACAAAUGAUGUAAUAGAAAAAUGGAAUUAUUUUUAUUGAUAUGAAAGUAACACCACUUUGCGUA